GGCAGCUGAAGCGCCAAACAGCAAAGCGAUCGCCACAGCCGAAGUGUCGUUUGCUUACCUGAAAGACGCGCUGAAAUCCAUAGAAUCCGCAGCUGAGCGUUACGAAUAUCCAGAAAACCGCAUUGAUCAGCUCAACAUGACAUCCUCUAUGGCCUUCAUAGCUAAUGCGCCAGCGGAGCCAGCGCUUCUAUUGCAGCAGCUGCUGGACGGCGCGCAACGCUCCAAGAGUGAGCUGCAGAGCAUGAAUCUGGCCACAUUGGAUGCGGAGUUUGGUGUGCUCAAUCGCACGGUGCUAUAUCGUGGACUUAGCGCAGACAAUUGCAUUGUCUAUAUAACGCAACGCUAUACGCGCAACUAUAAAAAUAUAGCUGCGAAUCCCAAAUGCGGAGUAACUAUUUACUUGCCACAUGUGUCGCUGGGGCAAGCGGAGCCGCCAGCUACAUGGCAGGUGCGUUUAAUAGGCGCCACUGCUGUCGAGCUGCCUGAUGCAGAGCUGGACGCUUGGUGGGCAAAGGAGUCGCUUGCAGCGCAAAUACGCAAUUUGAUUUUCCCCUGCGGUCAGCCCAUCGACUAUGAGCAGCAAAAGCAAAAACAUGACGCGUAUCUGCAGAAAUUUCUGGAGGACAAGCAGCCACUGCAGCGCCCACCCACAUACACUGCAUUCAAGUUUAAAGCGCAGGCCUGGGACUUUCUCAAAGUGGGAGAGAAUCAAAUUGCAGACAGGCUGCAGUAUCGUCAACUGGCAACUGCAACUGGCCAAUGGCAGUCGCUGCAUGUCUCCACUUAGAGAGCGAGAGAGCAGCAGCAGAGAGCGAGCGCAUAAGCAGCAAGGGUAGUAAACUGAUGCAUGUGCUAUAUAUAAAUCUAUAUAUAUAUGUAUUUAUAUUUGCAAAAACAAAACAAGUUACA